AUGUCUGCAGCCUGGAUCCCAGUUCUCUGCCUCGGUGUCUGUCUGCUGCUGCUGCCGGAGCCUGCGGGCAGCGAGGGAGCGGUUCCCAUUGCUAUCACAUGCUUUACCCGAGGCCUGGACAUCAGGAAAGAGAAAGCAGAUGUACUUUGCCCAGGGGGCUGUGCUCUUGAGGAAUUCUCCGUGUUUGGGAACAUAGUGUAUGCGUCUGUAUCAAGCAUAUGUGGCGCAGCUGUCCACAGGGGAGUAAUCAGCAUCUCAGGGGGACCUGUGCGAAUAUAUAGCCUACCAGGUCGAGAAAACUAUUCCUCAGUAGCUGCCAAUGGCGUUCAGUCUCAAACACUUUCCAGAUGGUCUGCUUCUUUCACAGUGACAAAAGGAAAAAGUGGUACUCAGGAAGCCACAGGACAAGCAGUGUCCACAGCACGUCCACCAACAGGGAAACGACUAAAGAAAACACCUGAGAAGAAAACUGGCAAUAAAGACUGUAAAGCAGACAUUGCAUUUCUGAUUGAUGGAAGUUUUAAUAUUGGGCAGCGCCGAUUUAAUCUACAGAAGAAUUUUGUUGGCAAAGUGGCUCUAAUGUUGGGAAUUGGAACAGAGGGACCACACGUGGGCCUUGUUCAAGCCAGUGAACAUCCCAAAAUAGAAUUUUACUUGAAAAACUUUACAUCAGCCAAAGAUGUUUUGUUUGCCAUAAAGGAAGUAGGUUUCAGAGGGGGUAAUUCCAAUACAGGAAAAGCCUUGAAGCAUACCGCCCAGAAAUUCUUCACAGCAGACACUGGAGUAAGAAGAGGGAUCCCCAAAGUGGUGGUGGUAUUUAUUGAUGGCUGGCCUUCUGAUGACAUUGAGGAAGCAGGCAUUGUGGCCAGAGAGUUCGGUGUCAAUGUAUUUAUAGUGUCUGUGGCCAAGCCUAUCCCUGAAGAACUGGGGAUGGUUCAGGAUGUUGCAUUUGUUGACAAGGCUGUCUGUCGGAAUAAUGGCUUCUUCUCUUACCACAUGCCUAACUGGUUUGGUACCACAAAAUAUGUAAAGCCUCUGGUUCAGAAACUCUGCACUUAUGAGCAAAUGAUGUGCAGCAAGACCUGUUACAACUCCGUGAACAUUGCCUUUCUAAUUGAUGGCUCCAGCAGUGUUGGAGACAGUAAUUUUCGCCUCAUGCUUGAAUUUGUUUCCAACAUAGCCAAGACUUUCGAAAUCUCAGACAUUGGUGCCAAGAUAGCUGCUGUACAGUUCACCUAUGAUCAGCGCACAGAAUUCAGUUUCACUGAUUAUAGCACCAAAGAGAAUGUCCUAGCUGUUAUCAGAAACAUUCGCUAUAUGAGCGGUGGGACAGCCACAGGCGAUGCCAUCUCCUUCACCGUUAGAAACGUGUUUGGUCCCGUGAGGGAGAGCCCCAACAAGAACUUCCUGGUAAUUGUCACAGACGGCCAGUCCUAUGAUGAUGUUCGAGGCCCUGCUGCUGCUGCACACGAUGCAGGUAUCACCAUCUUCUCUGUUGGUGUGGCUUGGGCACCUUUGGAUGACCUGAAAGAUAUGGCCUCUAAACCAAAGGAGUCACAUGCUUUCUUCACAAGAGAGUUCACAGGAUUAGAACCAAUUGUUUCCGAUGUCAUCAGAGGCAUUUGUAGAGAUUUCUUGGAAUCCCAGCAAUAA